GCUCACCAUGCACUGCCACGCGGAGCUGAGACUGAGCUCGCCCGGCCAGCUCAAAGCAGCCAGGCGGCGCUACAAGACUUUCAUGAUCGACGAGAUCCUCUCCAAGGAAACCUGCGACUACUUUGAGAAACUUUCCCUCUACUCCGUGUGCCCGUCGCUGAUCGUACGACCCAAGCCCCUGCAUUCCUGUACCGGCCCUGCUUCCCUCCGGGCUUAUCCUCUCCUGUCAGUGAUCACCCGACAGCCCACAGUCAUCUCCCACUUGGUCCCUGCCACCCCAGGAAUCUCCCAGGCACUGUCCCACCACCCAGCUGCUGAGGCUGCUUCUGCUGAGGCCCCAGGUGGUGAGGCUCUAGGCAGCAGCGAGUCGGAGACGGAGCAGCCCACGCCCCGGCAAAAGAAGCCCCGUCGGAGUCGCACCAUCUUCACUGAGCUUCAGCUCAUGGGCCUGGAGAAGAAAUUCCAGAAGCAGAAGUAUUUGUCCACUCCAGACAGAUUGGACUUGGCCCAGUCUCUGGGACUCACUCAACUGCAGGUGAAGACUUGGUAUCAGAAUCGCAGGAUGAAAUGGAAGAAAAUGGUUCUUAAAGGUGGUCAGGAAGCACCCACAAAACCCAAAGGACGUCCCAAGAAGAACUCCAUCCCCACCUCAGAAGAGAUAGAAGCUGAAGAGAAGAUGAACAGCCAAGCCCAGAGCCAGGAACGUCUUUUGCCCCCCCAGGGACGAGAAGAGCUCUGUGACACACAGGAACCUAAAGCAUGCGAUGUCCCCUUAGAGGUGGCAGAACUCCCAAGCCAGCCCCAGGAGUUGCCAGUAACCUCUUCGGAAUCCCCACCAUCAAGCUAAAAUAAAACUCUUUGAGGGGAGGGGGAAACGGGGAAGAAGGGAAUGAGAGA